AUGCGCGAUUCUGUAAAAGCGACUGUUUUCGCGCGGAUAUAUGUAUUUUUCGCGUUGAUUUUUUCUCCCCUUUUAGCAUCAUGCCAAUCCGAUGGCAAUGUCAAGGGCAUCUAUUUAUUCAAAGACGUGCUUCAAUCCAAUACAUCAGCUUUGAAGACCGCUGGGUUCGACACAUUGCUCAUAUUCAGGAUUGGCGUUCUUGAAACCGGAGAUUUGGUAUACUACUCCACGGGAGAUGCUGGAGAAGCUGUCGAUGCUCCGGUAGUGACAGCCGGAUCAUACGUGGGAGGAGAAGCGUUAUCCGAAAAGAUCCGCUCCUUUAAAACAGGAACUACCCACAUCAACCGAGUCGAGAUAUCCUUAGUGUCCCACGACACCACCUUCCAGAAUAUUCGGAGCCUUAUCAACAGCAACGGAACCGGAUCUAAUUCUGUCUUGUAUCAGAGUUUCCAAGCUUUGAAGACAGAAUGGAACCUUGAUGCGUUCAACAACGAUGAUGAAAGCGUAUAUGAUGUUACAAGCACCGUGAGCUUCGCCCACCUUCUCGGCACGAUCGGCUAUCAGUACUCGAUCGCGCCAUACACAAACAGUGGCUUUUGGGCCACCAUAAAGAGUCAAAUUGACGCUGCCGAGCCCGGGUUGUUCGAUCGGGUUUACCUUCAAGUGUAUGAUGGAGGAGCGGGCAACAACCCGGGAACUUGGCAGACAACACUUGGUGCUAAGGUUAUCCCCUUGGUAUGGGUUAUAAAUGAUGCGAAGCCAUCACAAGGAGUGACCCCAGACCAAGCCCAAGGAAGGUUUUCAACAUGGGAACAACAGUACGACGUCGCAGGAGGGGGCUACUGGAAUGACUAUGACAUUGAGAAGAUGAAUUCAUCUUACGAUGAGUAUGGAGAUGCCUUGUUGACCGUGUUCGGCUAG